AUGGUGCUUGGUUGGGGUUCAAAAGGACAUUUAUUACCAUUAGAUCCGGAUAAAUAUAUGCGGCUCGUACAUCAUUUGAUCAAGAAAAAACAAGAAGGAGAAGAAUUAGAUCAAAAUGUACAAUCGACAGAGAAUGAAAUUAUGUUGGAAUGGGUUCCAUCCUCGACAUUUCCAGAUAUUUUAUUACCAGAAACACCAGUUUUUGAAAAACAAGGUCUUGAUACUGUGAAACAACGAAGCCGAUCAGCGACCAAUAUAGUUGUGAGACCAUCAAGUCGUAGGACAAAAACGGCGACGACGACUAUACAACAUCAUGUGACGACGAGAUUUCACUCUAACAAGUCACAUACUAGUCCAAGAUGGGAAUGGGUGAGUCCAUGGCAUCUUGAAAUUCCACCUGAUAAUCCAAGUGAUGCUGUUGAUGGAUGGCAAUAUGCGUCUAGUUUCUCACAUUUUACACCAAGACCAUUGCAUCGUUCACGUGGAAGAUCUAUUGAAUCACUUAGUCAUUCACCAUCAACGUACGCAGGUAAAGACCUGCCGUCUUCUUCACCAUCUACCGCUUCUGGUAAACGACUGCGAGUUCGGCGACGUAAAUGGGUGCGCUAUCGACGCUUACGUUUCGCUCGGAAUAAUACGUCGAGUGGAGUAUCGUCCAAUGCCUUUGAUGACGCGUUCCUAGAUUCAAUGAGCGGUUGGCUACGCAAACGUGGUCAUGUGCGCAAGAACUGGAAAGCGCGCUAUUUUGUAUUGGAAAAGUCAGUGUUACGUUACUACGCUGAUUCCUCAUGCACGAAGCUGAAAGGGGAGGUGCUGCUUUUCCACCCACAGACUCGCGUGCAUUAUGUGGAUGUUCAUGUGGCUGGUGGCAGGGACGCAAGUUUUGCUGUCCAAGUAGGUCCAGAGUAUACUUUGCUGCUACAGGCUGCUCAACUUCGUGACCGUGAAAACUGGAUGUACUGUAUCGAAGACGCACUACUCUGUCGGGAUUCAUACCAUCCGCAAGGAACGACUACUGGACCAGGACCAUUUUUUGAUUUGCGUGAGAGUGUCGCUCAUCGACGACUGCUGAGUGCAGAAGCGAUGGCGCUCGAUGAUGGUCCAUUUCGAGAUAAUUUGGGUGGGAUUAGCCAUGUACAUGGAGGUGCAGCUAGUUAUGAACUUACGGGCGAGGAAGACAUCGAUGACGAGAGUGAGUCGUCGUUGCAGGGUCAGAGAAGAAGCGAUUACGGUGGUCGUGACAGCAAUGGCAGCGAUGUGCUUCGAUUAUGGGCCUCGUUACAUGCGAAACCAGGUGGUGUGCUGAGUGCCGUAAACUCUGCGUCUCCUGCAAUGCGUGUGCUGCUGCAUGCAUGCGAUCAUUUCCUCGCGAGUUCCGCAAUGCAUCAGCACGUAGCCGACUUUUUAACCAUGUUUCGGCAGAAAUACGUGCACCUGUCUACUUCCACAGUGACGGCAAUGGGUGCGUCAGCUUGGACACGGCUUUCGGAGCCCUGGGCACCAGUGGGGGUUAGUGGUAAUGAAUCGGACAGUGAUCCAGAGGUGCGAGAGGGCUCAUUAAGUGAAAUUCCACACGAGUUUCACAAUGUCACGACCCUGCAGGAUGCUCGUAGUCUCCUUGCGCUUAAAAACUAUCGUUUUUUCUUGGAACGAUCGGUGGAGCUCAUCAUGGAUCAUUUAUCUAACGUUGCAGACCCGAAGACGCCUGGAGAGCACGGACAUCCUGCUCUGAAUGGGAAGCGUGCUCCUACUGAUGAUGAGUGGGCGCUGGCUCGUCGAGCCGCUUUGUACAAGCUAGAGCGACGCACAUUUAUUCCGUUACAGGAGAUUAUAUACCAGCUACUGGGAUCUGGCGUUGGACCUGGACGUGGCCAGCGGCAGGCGGAAGAGGAGCGCUUUGAGCGAUCACGAGCGUUGGUGGCCGCCCAACCGCAGAGCUUUCUAGAGAUUCAGCCAUCACAUCAGUCGCCAUCCGAGUGGAAGUUGGCGAUCUCAUUGUUUGACUCGAUGGACAAUUAUUCUCUACCAUCAGAGAAGGCCGCUGUUCUCGUGGAGACGGCGCGGUGUAUUUAUGAGACUCAUGCACGGGAACAUGGCUUUGAGGCUGACAGCACUAGUAGCUCAAAACAGCAAAAACAACCGACGCUUAUGGCAGCCGACGAUUUUCUACCCAUUUUUAUAUUUGUUUUAGCCCGUUGUCAUCUACGAAGCAUCAUUGUCGCUCGCCACUUGAUCAGCGAGACGAUGAUCACGGCGUUAAUGAUUGGUGAGACUGGGUAUUAUGCUACUAUGCUGGAGGCUGCAAUAGGAUACAUUGCAGCUUUUGACGGUGGCGUCAAGAAGACAGGUGGAUAG